CUUCAUAUACAUAUUUCGUCACCCUCAUAGUAGUAGUAAAGUCUCUAAACUGUGUGUUUUUUUGUAUUAUUAAAUAUUUUUUCUUUUUUUCAAACUCUUUAAUUGAUAAAAAAAUAAAUUUUUUUUUCUUCUCAAUCAGUUCUUGGGUAAUGUUAGUUAUAAAUGUGAGAUAAAGUACCAUUUAUUAGCUAUAUGUAUCUUUACCCAUGAAUGACAUUGAGUGUCAUUGAACUUAAUAAUUAAACGAUUGUUGUAUAAUAUUUCAUAACUGAUUGAAUAAUUUUUUGGGUUAGUAAUUGUAGUCAUUAUUAAAUAAACAAAAUGACCAUCGUUGAAAUUAAAACAAAAAUAUAUGACGAUCAAAAGCCGGGUACAUCAGGACUGAGAAAAUCUGUAAAAGUAUUUCAGCAAGAACAUUAUACAGAAAAUUUUAUCCAAGCAAUUUUUACUGCAUUAGAAGAUCAAAUUACUGGUUCAACUCUUGUAGUUGGCGGUGAUGGACGUUAUUACGGCAAAGAAGCUGUUCAAAAAAUUAUAAGAAUUGCAGCAGCUAAUGGAGUUCGAAAAUUAAUUGUGGGCCAACAUGGAAUCUUAUCUACGCCAGCAGUUUCGAAUCUAAUUCGAAAAUAUAAAACACUUGGAGGAAUAGUUCUUACAGCUUCCCACAAUCCAGGUGGACCAAAUGCUGAUUUUGGAAUUAAAUUUAAUUGUGAUAAUGGAGGACCUGCACCUGAUCACAUGACUAAUAAAAUUUUCAAUAUUACCAAAUCAUUAACGUCAUAUAAAAUUAUUCCUGAAUUAAAUGUUAAUAUUGAUAUAAUUCAGACCAAUGAAAUUAAAUUGGACAACACUUUUACAGUUGAUGUAAUUGAUUCUGUUAAUGAUUAUGUUAUAUUAAUGAAAGAAAUAUUUAACUUUCCUAUCAUUAAAGAGCUUCUGCAAGAGAGAAAGUUUGAAUUGCUAGUUGAUUGUCUCAAUGGAGUUACUGGACCCUAUGCAAAAUGUAUUUUUGGCAAAGAACUUGGUCUCAAUGAUACUAAUAUAGUACAUUCAAUUCCUCUUGAAGAUUUUGGAGGGCUACAUCCAGAUCCAAAUUUAACAUAUGCUAAAGAUUUAGUGGAGACAGUUAGAAAUGGUACUUAUGAUAUGGGAGUAGCAUUUGAUGGUGAUGGUGAUAGAAAUAUGAUUAUUGGAAAAAAGGCAUUGUUUGUUACACCAUCGGAUUCACUAGCAAUUUUAGCAGCUAAUUUAAAUGUAAUACCGUAUUUUAAAAAAAAUGGCAUCAAAGGUUACGCAAGAUCAAUGCCAACUGCGGCUGCUGUAGAUCAAGUGGCAAAAUUGAAUAAUAUUGAAUGUUUUGAAGUUCCUACUGGCUGGAAAUAUUUUGGUAAUUUAAUGGAUGCUGGACGACUUUCAAUAUGCGGUGAAGAGAGUUUUGGUACAGGUUCUGAUCACAUCAGAGAGAAAGAUGGUAUUUGGGCGUGCUUAGCAUGGCUAAAUGUUAUAGCAGAACUUAAAAAGUCCAUCGAAGAAAUUCAAAAAGAUCAUUGGCUAAAAUUUGGAAGGAAUUUUUUCACACGAUAUGACUAUGAAAACUGUGAAUUAGAAAAAGCAAAUAAAGUAAUGACUGAAGUUGAGACUAAAAUACUAGAUCCAGCUUUUAAAGGCACAAAGUUAUGUGAUGGGACCAAAAAUUAUGUAGUCAAACAUGCUGAUAAUUACUCAUACACAGAUCUUAUUGAUAAAAGUGUUGCUACAAAACAAGGUUUACGUAUAUUAUUUGAAGAUGGAUCACGAAUAAUAUUUAGAUUAUCAGGCACAGGUAGCUCCGGAGCAACUAUCAGACUUUAUAUCGAAGCUUAUGAAACUGAUCAAAAUAUUCUUUAUAAUGACGCACAGGAAGUACUGAAGCCUCUUAUUAACAUAGCUUUGAAUUUGAGCAAAAUGCAAGAACAUACCAAUCGUGAUAAACCAACUGUUAUCACAUAAAAGAAAUUUUUUAUAAUUAUAGUUUUUUUUUUUGGUUUUUAUCUGGUCAGUGAUGUGUAUAAAUUCAUUAUAAUAAUUAUACUGUUUGUUAAAACUUAUAACAAAACUUUACUAAAGAAAAAAUAAA